AUGAGUAAAUUCUCGAGUUGGAAGCCAACUCUAGAAAAGAAUGAUAAUAAUUACGAGGCACUAUACAGAGAAGAAGCGAAAAAGUUUUGGGAUUUACAGCAAAUCCAACAGACAGAAGAGGAAAAAGAAUAUGAAGAAUUAUGUCAUCAACUUGAAGAAAUGUCAAUGAAAUUCCGCGAAGAAAUAGACACAGUUGCAGGAGAAAAUCAUAUUUUACAAGAAAAGAUAACUAAAAAUUCAAAUAACAAGAAAUUGCUUGAAGAUCUCUCUGCAGAAGAGCAAACUUUAAUUCGCAUAAUUAGAAAUUAUACAUAA